AUAUUGACCCUUUUGUGUAGAUAUGUCAGCCUGAUCUGAAUCCAUAGGCUUGUCAGUGAUGUACAAAAAGAGUGGGAUUCCAGUACGAGGAAGUUGGUCUAGCCAUACUGGACUCAGUUCUCAUGUAAAGAGAGCUCCCUUCAGCACUGGGAAAAAUGUUGGAUCAGCUGUGCAGCGUACUUCCAUGCAGCGUUCUUCAAGUUUGGGGAGAACACCAACAUAUGGAACUCCAUCCCGCACUCCAUCAUAUGCACCUUCCAGUGCUGGAAUGAGGUUCUCUGCUGGAGGUGGAUCUGUUGUGAAGAAAGAAUCGAGGCCUAUCAAUGAUCAAGAGUUUCAGUCCCUAUGUAUCCAAAAGGUCCAGAACUUCCUCAUGAAUGAAGGCUUUCCUCUGGUUAUGGAAAAUCCACGUGUCCUUCACUGCCCAAAGAACACCAAAGAUUUUUACAGCAUAUUCAAGUUCCUCAAAGAAUGUGCAUUGGUGGAGCAUGCAGAUACCUUGCAAUCAGGACAGGUCCCACCAGGGCAGAUGGCUGAGGAUGAAGAAGUUCUUGGAGUAGUCUUUCAAAGUGUGCUGAAUAGUUAUAGGAGCUUCAUGGCUACCAGUGAAGAAACAGAAGAAGAGGAGAAAGAGAUGUUUUGUGACUCAUUUGAGUCAGAUCUGCGAGGCUAUUUUAGGGGUACUCUUCGAGGAGUUGCUGAUGUAGGAGAGGAUGUUGCUGCAUGUGGAACAAAAAUAGCCAGAUUAAGAAUUGAGAGAGAAGAAAAACAACAUUGUGUCAAGGAGUUGAAGGCAUCCAUCCAAGUUUAUGAUAAAAAUAUUUUGACUAUGGAAAAAUAUGUGUCUGACCUUGAGACUCACUGUGCUUGCCGAGCAGCAGAAAUCCAACAGAAAAACGAGAAACUGCUUCAGACAGUCACUGAAAUCAAGGAGAAAAUGUCCAGGAAUGAGAAGUUGCGUGAGAUGGUUAACCAACAAAAGAUGUCAAGUGAAGAGGCAGCUGAGUGGAUGGAUAGAAAAGCCAAAGCCAUAUCAAGAAAGGAGAACAUUCUGAAAGAUAUCCAAGCUGUUGAUGAAAUCUGCCAUGAUGAUGAAAUCAAGCUCAGUAAAAUUAAAGCUAAGCGAGAUGAGAAGAUCCGUGCUGUAAAACAAAUGGCACUAGACAUGGAACUAGGUUGUGUUGUGAACUUGACAUUUGCUCAAGACUCUGAGCUUCAGUUGAAGGAGAUUCAAGAAGUAGUCAUCCCCCAUCUUGCUACCACUCAUGAGCAACAUCAUCAAAAAUUGCAGCAAUUACGAAAAGACAAGAGUGCUUUGCUGAAAGAGGAAACUGCUCUUGUUGCUCAUCUGGAAAAAGAGGCAAAAGAGAUUGAAGGGCUGGAACAAGAGAUGCAGCAGCUGAAAAGUGAACUUUGGUCCAUAGCAGCUGAAAGCCAGAAAGGCCGAAAUGAUGAUGUUGACUUGUCCACACAGAAAUCCAGACUUCAAGAAUUGAGAAGCAACUGUGAUCAGCUGCAGAAUUCCAUUGAUUACAAACAAGAGAAGAUAAAGAAAGCAAAGUUACAGGUAAUCAAGGAGCAGGAUUGUGCUGAAUAUUUGGUAAAAGCCAACAGAGAAGGUUAUCGUAAAGCUGUGGAGGACACUAGGCAAGAGAAGAGGAGAAUGCUUAAAAAGAUGAAGAAGGUGAUGAAAGAGGCUGAAGAGAUUGCACGUCAGGGGAUGGAGGAGGCAAAUGAGCUUCGGAAAGAAAGAGCUGAUAUUCACAAGAAGAUCAAAGAGGUAGACAAGGAAAGUGAAGAGAUUCUUCAGUCAGCCAUUGACAUUGGGAAGGAAACAAACAAAAUAUUGACUUUGGCUUUGGGAAAUUGAAAUUGAUAUUGAUUUUUUGGUGGUAUUUAUAUACCCCAAACUUUG